AAUUCUGCGAUAAAAGGGUUUAAACUGAAUUUUAUUGAUAAAAUAUUGGGCUUUGUUUUAAAGUCCAUACUCAAAAACAAAGCAAAAGUCUUGUCUCUUCCGACAAGUUUCAGAACUCAUUCACGAGUUUAAUGUGUUUUAUACUCUUUGUCGCAAUAUUUGAUUCACGAGUUUUUCGUGAUUUUAUUUUCCUUUUAAACGGAGCUUCGUGCUCAAUAGGCAGCCUCCUGAAUAAUGCCGAGGACUAUUGUUUCCGGUAGACUUUCACCGGCGGCUCUCCCCAUCGGUUUAUCAGUCUCACGCUUGCUUUCCGUCAAGUACGCCGCUCAGAGACUCCCUGUUUCCGUUCUCAUAUCAGCUCGUGUAUGUUCUUUUGCCGUCGAGACAAAGUCGAGUGUGGAUUAUGUAGUCGAGAAAGAAAAAAAGAAGAUUCUAGCUUGUCCCAUCUGUUAUAACUCCUUAGCAGCAUUGAUCAGUCAACCCCAUGAAUCAGCAGAAUAUCCUGCCUCUGGUACUCACUUACAAUGCAAAUACUGUAAAAAGAGUUACUCAGCUAAUGAGACGCAUCUUGAUUUGACUGUGGCUAGUGGAACCAAGCAAUACACUGAACCACUGCCUCUUUCAAUCGAGUUGUACAGGAAUCCAUUAGUCUCUUUCCUUUACGAGAGAGGUUGGCGUCAGAAUUUCAUGUGGGGUGGUUUUCCAGGACCAGAGAAAGAGUUUGAAAUGGCUAGUGAAUACUUGAAGCAUGUUUUGGGAGGCAAUAUCAUUGACGCCAGUUGUGGAAGCGGCUUGUUCUCGAGAUUAUUUGCUAAGAGUGAGCAUUUUGCUAUGGUAUACGCCCUUGAUUACUCGGAGAAUAUGCUGCGACAGUGCUACGAGUUCUUGAAACAGGAAGCUAACUUAAUUGACAAAAAGAUCGUUGUACUGGCUCGAGCAGAUAUAGCUAGACUCCCUUUUCUUUCUGGUUCAGUUGACGCUGUCCAUGCUGGUGCUGCGUUACAUUGCUGGCCUUCACCAUCUUCAGCUGUUGCUGAGAUAAGCCGUGUUCUUAGACCUGGAGGAGUAUUUGUUGCCACCACGUUCAUCUAUGAUGGCCUUUUCCGUUUUGUCCCGUUCUUGAAGGAGCUUCGCCAGGAAAUAAUGAGAUAUUCAGGUUCUCACAUGUUUCUGAGCGAACGUGAGCUGGAAGAUCUUUGCAAAUCAUGUGGACUCGUUGGUUUCACUUGUGUUAGAAACGGGCUAUUUAUAAUGCUCUCAGCCACAAAACCCACCAGAUAAGCUCACCCUCUUAUGAAGAGCUUUAGUCCUUGAAUGUAUACACAAUCUUUCUGUAGUUGAAAAUUUGGUAUAUAGUUACCAGUUUGCCAUUAUUAACAUUGUAAAGAAGUGACAUAGUACAUUGUAACCUGUGUUUUAAAGCAUUUUGCAAAUUUAUUAUCUACUACUGGCGCUUGUAUAAUUGAUUUUUUUUUCUGAACAUGGGCCUAAUCUACCACUUGCUGGCGUUUGAAACAAGUCUUAUAUUUCAAGUUCCAACGACUGAAAGAGUUUUCAUGAGUAAGCAACGGUCCGUGUUUGGUAAAGACUUGGGAUUGGAGCUAAAAUCCUGAAGUGAAGAAAUUUCCAAAAAGAGUAAGUCUUCUUCUUUUGUUCCUUUUUGCCUUCUAAGGCAAGCAUAUGUUGUAGUCCCAAUGUGCCUUUGGAUCAUGUGCCUUUAUCAUUCUAAUACAUUUUCCACACGAGUCA